GAACGUCUUGUUCAAAUGCUGCUUGGCGUUUUUCAGCUCGGGAACCUGGGCGAUGAAGCUUGGUCUUGCCAUCGGCACAGUGGUGACACCGCCUGUUUCACAGGGUCACACUCUCUGCGCUACCUCUUCAUGGGAGCCUCGGAGCCAGACCUUGGGCUGCCCCUGUUUGAGGCCUUGGGCUACGUGGAUGACCAGCUGUUUGUGUCCUAUGACCACGAGAGUCGCCGCGCCGAGCCCCGUGCCCCCUGGGUCCCCAGCGGAACCUCGAGCCGGCAGUGGCUGCAGCUGAGCCAGGGCCUGAAAGGGUGGGACCACAUGUUCACCGUGGACCUCUGGACCAUCAUGGACAACCAGAACCACAGCAAGGGGUCCCACACCCUGCAGGUGAUCCUGGGCUGCGAGGUGCGAGAGGACCACAGCAGCAGGGGCUUCUGGCGGUACGGCUACGACGGGCAGGACCACCUGGACUUCCGCCCCGAGACGCUGGACUGGAGAGCAGCAGGGCCUGGGGCCCGGGCCACCAAGCUGGAGUGGGAGGUGCACAAGAUCCGGGCCCGGGAGAACAGGGACUACCUGGAGCGCGACUGCCCUGAGCAGCUGCGCUGGCUGCUGGAGCUGGGGCGUGGCGUCCUGGACCGGCAAGCGCCUCCGCUGGUAAAGGUGACCCGUCACGUGGCCUCAGCGGUGACCACCCUACGGUGCCAGGCUCUGGACUUCUACCCCCAGGACGUCUCCCUGAAGUGGCUGAAGGACGGACAACCACUGGACGCCCAGCAGGCCCUGCCCGAGGACGUGGCACCCAACGGGGACGGGACCUACCGGGGCCGGGUGGCCGUGGCUGUGGCCCCCGGGGAAGAGCGGAGGUACACCUGCCAGGUGGAGCACCCGGGCCUGCACCAGCCGCUCUCUGCUUCCUGGGAGCCCUCGCUGCCUGGCACCCUGGCCGUCGGGGUCGUGAGCGGGAUCUCUGUUUGUGUCGUCAUCUUCGUCACUGGAGUUGUAUUCAGGACGCUGAGGAGGAGACGGGCUUCGAGAGCAGCCGCCGGGGACUACAUGUUGGCUGACCGCGGGUGACACGAGGGCCUUGCCACUCAGCGUCUGGGAAGAGCUGCUGCCUUCACGGAUAUGCACCAGCCCCUCCCAGAGCCCGCACUCUCACCCGGGCAUUUCCUGGACCCUGAGUCAGGCUCUCCUGCGCUUUGUGUCAUCCACUGACCCAUCUGUCCUCAUGCCCUGGCUGUCCCAGCAGAGUGUGACCUGGGCCUCAGGGUGCGCAGUGGGGGGGCAGGAGCAGCGGGCGCUUCUCAGUGAGCUGGACCCAAUGAAGGGACACAGUGGCGAGCCAGCCCAGGCCCCCGCCCCACUCCACCCAAGGACACAGUGGCGAGCCAGCCCAGGCCCCGGGCCCCUCUCCACCCAAGGACUGCAGGAGGGGCUGAAUGCGACGCCCUGACCCCCCGCCCAGCAGUGACCGCGCUCCUGUUUGGAGUGGUAAAUGGAGAGCACCGAGUGGCUUAGCAGGAGCCCGGGCACCGCCUCCGGAGUCUCGGAUUCUGGCUCUCGUCCCCCAGCGUGUAUGUGGCAAGAAAGAACCCACCCAGGCUGUGCGGGGCUGCUCGGUCUGGGGGAGAGUUCAGACCAUGGUCACAGUCUUCACAUGUGUGCCCCGGUGGCCGCACGCAUGUAACCACACAGCGUGGGACAGCACCUCCACACGUGUGCCCCGGUGGCCGCACACCUGUGGCCACACGCGGGGGACAGCGGCCCGGCUAGGAGGGCUGUGCCCUGCGCUCACCAGGCUGCACUCUCAAGAUCAGUUGUUGAAUUUGAGCAGAGCGAUGUCGAUACUCUGUGAAUAUCUUUUCCUUUUCUCUGGUUAUGAGAGUUCUAAUCUAUGCUCAUUCCAGAAAGCCUGGACCUCGAUGCCAUCGAAGCUGUCACUUCGUCAGCCAGGCGAGACUGUCCCCUGGCAUGUCACCUGUCGCUAGUAUGCAGCGUUACCCUACAGAAGGGUAACGCACGUGUGUUGUGGGUGUGUGGCCGUCUCACCGCGCCUGCUCACCGACGUCUGUCCUGCCCACGCGUGUGCCUAGCCGUUGUGGCAUGUGCGGGCUCUUCCAUCGCACCUCGUAUUUUCGUUUUUCUUCAGGAGACAUUUCCCUUAAGCCGUGGUGCAGCCUGGAGGGGACGCCACUGUCUCCGUUUGAAGACAGCGGUGACUUCAUGUCCUGCGACGUGAGGUGCACGCGCUCUUCCUCUGCAGCUCAGCCUCUGCUGCGGACAGACUGCCCAGGGCUUCUCUGUGCCUCUGCCUCAGGAAGGGUGUGACCCGGUCAUGCUAAGUUUGAUUCGCUGGUUUUCUUCCACAGAGACUGAGAUUUCAGCGUCCCUGUCCCCACACUAACAUGUUUGUUAACCAUUA